UCUUUUCUUUUCUCUCUCAUUUGCUAACCCUAAUCCUGAAAACAGAGAGAGGCGAACGGAGAGGCGAAAGCAAAACCAAGGAGGUUAAGGGCUACGGCGGCAACAAGAUUUCAUGCCAGAUCGGUGGAUUUAAUCUCAAAUCAAAGAUGUUCAGUGAACUCUACACUCUCAAAUCGAUUGUUCAUCUCAUCUUUGUUGAUCUUUUCUUCAAUGGAUUUCUAGUUUUAGAAAUUAAAAUGUUCUAUAUUUUUUUUGUUAUUUAAUUAUGUGAAUCGGUGGUCUUAAAUCGAUCCAACCGUGUUUAAACAGAUUGGUUCAAAUUGGUUCUAAAAUUUAAAUGGAUUGGAUUGGUUCUAAUUUUUUAGGAACCGUAGAUAACGGAUCGGUCCUGGUUUUACCCCAAUCUGAACCAUGCUCACCCCUACCACUACCAUCAUACCACCAUCACCGCAUCAUUGCCACCGCUACCACUACCAACACUGUCGCUACUACCACCACCAUAACCAUCACCUCAUCACUAUCACCGCCAUCACCACAAUAUAAAAAUUAAUACAUACAAUUUGUAAAUAAUAAAUUUUAAAUUUAAUUUUACACAUAUCAAAUAAUUUAUUUUGGGUAAAUUAUAUUUAUCUCCCCUGAGGUUUCUGACAAAUACAGGGACCUCCCCUGUGGUUUGAAUAAUUACAGUAAUCCCCCUACUUUACCUAACAAUGUUAAGAUUUCUCCAUUCCAUCUAUUUUGCACAAACGACGUUAGUAUCCAAUAGAAAAUGACCAUGUUACCCUUGCUUUUGCUUGCAAAAAGACCAAAAAGCCCUUUGUUCACAAAAUCCCUAAUCAAUACAUUCACAAUACAAAUCGAAUUCUUUAGAGAAAGAAGAGAGAGAGAGGGAGGUGACAGUAAGAACGUAAAGCAAGGUUGAUCUGUGUGAAGAAAACGAAGAAGCUAUUCGAUUUUGAACCGAUCGUCGUUGCCAGUACACAAUGUAAAAGAGUUUCAUCGGUGAGAAGUUGCUGUUACGGCUUCCAGCAUGGCUGCAUUUCCUUAUUUUGAUUUAAUCAUCAACUACAAAGGGAAAGUGGGAAGACUGUAUGAUGUGGACCCAAAUAUGUAUUGCUACAUUGAUGCCUUGAAUGAUGUAAUUGCAACAGUCCUCUCUCAUAUUUCUUGUAGUGAAGCAAUAGCAAUCACAUGGCGUUGUGAUAUGCCUGGUACUGACACAAGGAGAUUAGUAGAAAAUGAUCUUGAUGUGCUAGACAUGUUUUAUGUGCAAGGUAGGAGUAAAACAAUUAACUUGUAUGUAGACAUAGCAUAUUCUAUUGGAAUGAGUGAUGGUGGACAUAAAAGUGAUAUUGGAAAUGAAAAUCAUGGAGUAGAUGCUGUAGAUGUAGAGCAAGACUACCAUACUGUAGAUGUAGAUGAAGAGUACCAUGAGGACAACGUUUAUGGGUUUAGUGAUGAGGAUAGGGAUUGGAAUGCAACUGCUGAGGAUGAAAACCAAUCAGAUGGCUAUGAGAUUUUGAGUGAUGAUGAUAAUGAGUGCUCAAGUGAAGAUGAUGAUGCUAAACUUAGUGAUUACCAAUCUGGUGAUGAUGAAGUGCCAUAUUCUACUACUGAUGAUGAUUAUGAUGAUGAAGCAGACUGUCUAGAUGAUGAAGAGAUGAGCUUUCCAAGCAUGAAGUAUGAUGAUACCUACAAUGGCAAAGAGCCAUAUAUGAAUCAAGAUGGAGAAGUUGUAUUGGAAGAAGGGAUGAUUUUUCCAGAAGUGAAUACUUUCAGGGCUACAUUAAUGUUGGAAAUGAAAAUCAUGGAGUAG